GAGCAACGAUUUGGUCCGUCCUGCGUCCUUGUUAGCUGUGUAAAUAGUUUACAUUUGACAUAUCGAAUAGUCGAUCGUAAAUCAUUGAUGUGAAUGAUUAAUGGUUAUACUACUGCUGUUGUGUAUCUAGGAGGUUAUUUAAAACCUCGUAGUUCAAUCCCCUCUGUAAACUGGUACUCACUGGUACCUGAUGGGGAACCUAACGAGGGAUUGUCAAGCAAAACACGGCCGGUACAUCCUCUAUUACCCCUCAAACGAAUCGCUUUAUUAUCGCGUGACAAAAUACUUUAAGUUUGUACUAGCGUGCUCAAAUUGUAGACACGUAAUGCCGAGGUGAGUCGGAAUGAGAAUUGUUCCUGGGUUUGCUACUACUACUGAAAUUAAAAAAUGACAACCAACAUCUGGGAGGACCUAGGAUCCCCGCGAUUAAUCGUAGCACCAAUGGUAGACGCCAGUGAAUUAGCCUGGAGACUUUUAUCCCGACGUCACGGCGCUCAAUUGUGCUACACACCAAUGCUUCACUCCUCAGUCUUCUGCCGGGACCCCAAGUACCGGAAAGAGUUCCUGGCCAGCACAGCAGAGGAUCGUCCUUUAAUAGUUCAAUUUUGUGGGAACGAUCCAGCGACUCUGUUGGAGGCAGCAUUGUUAGCCGAGCCUUACUGCGACGCGGUUGAUAUAAACAUCGGGUGUCCUCAAGCUAUCGCUAAACGCGGUCAUUACGGAGCUUAUUUGCAAGAUGAUUGGGAUUUAUUGGCGAAGAUUGUCAGCACGCUGAGCAAGAGUCUGAAGAUUCCUGUUACUUGCAAGCUGAGAGUUUUUCCUGAGAUUGAUAAGACAAUUGCGUAUGCUCGGAUGCUGGAGGCUGCUGGAGCUAGUUUGUUGACUGUUCAUGGAAGGACUAGGGAGCAGAAGGGUCCAUUGACUGGUUUGGCUUCUUGGAAACAUAUCAAAGCUGUGAGGGAAGCUAUCAAGAUUCCAAUGUUCGCAAACGGAAACAUCCAGUGUCUCCAGGACGUAGAAAGAUGUCUGGAAGAAACAAAAGUCCAGGGUGUAAUGACAGCGGAGGGAAGUCUCUACAACCCUUAUAUCUUCGACGGAGUGAAUCCUCCAUGUUGGGAGCCUGCUCUGGAGUAUUUGGACCUGGUAGAACUUCACCCAGCUCCUGCUUCAUACAUCCGAGGACAUUUGUUCAAAAUUUUCCAACAUAUACUUUGUUUGCCGGAAAAUGCUGAAGAACGUGCCCUCCUUGCGCGGUUUUCCACGAUGGAGUCCUUCAGGAGCGUUGUGGAGAGACUCAAGAACCGAUACUUGCCCUAUCAUGAAGGAAAAAUCCUCUGGGAGCAUAAUAAUCUUCCGGAGGAUUGUAAUUUGGUGCUACCACCUUGGCUUUGUCAACCUUAUGUUCGUGAUGCUCCUCAAGUUCAUAUUGAGAAGGUAUCAGCCAAGCAAAUAGAGAGUGAAGGAAUGAAGAGAGAAUUUAUUGAUGGAGAAGGGAACCAAAUAUCUAGAAAAAGAAUGAAAAAAUUACGUCGCGUUGCAAGACGCCCCAAUCAAGCUUCGCAGACACCAAAAAUACGCAGGGCAUCUAUUUUAUGUGCAGAGUGUCCUAAUCCAAAGGGAGCCAAAUGUGAGUACAACUAUUGCCGGCAAUGCUGUAGGAACAAAUGUUUCACCGACAACCUCAACUGUGCAGGUCACCGAAACUUAACGAAGACUCGCCGUGAAAUAGCGACUAAUUACGCGAUACAAAGAUUCAACGAUCUAAAAGAAAGCUGAUAGACAAUUUUAUAAUUAAUUUAACUAAUUGUGUAAAUAUAUACAUAAAUAAAAAAAUUUUUCUUUUUUUAA